CGAUGUUGUUUAAUAAAUGUUGGAAAGAUUAGCCUGAAAGAUGAAUGAGUAUCAGACGUUAAUGUCUAAGAUUAAUUUUGCAGGAAGAUGCCCUUGGUUCGCCCCUCGAGACUAGCUUGGUCUCUGAGGAUUUCUACACUGCUCUUCCAAGCCCGGAACUCCCAGGUGUCCGAAACCACGGCUCUCCCUCCACAACUUCAGUUGCGACGGUAUUCUGGGCGUAUGCUAAGGACCAUUGUGUCGAAGCAUGUCGCAAGCAUCACCGAUGUUGUUCGCCCGGUCCUACCUCCGGGUAUAGCCUCACUACCCAAAGAAGUCGAGAAGUUCACGAGAAUCCUCGCACCGGCGCAGAGUCGGGAAGCACAAUAUGUUCCUCAGAGAAACAUCUCCAAGCAGAAUACUGAGGCCCCAGAAGACGACAUAUCUACAGAACCAUACUCCCCCGCCGUCACUGACACGGAUAUUCAGACCCAGGUUCGCAAACUCAUGCGCCUGGUUCCCCACCCAGUCGCAAUUAUAACAUCUACCCACCCAAAUUCGCGCGCUGAAUCCGCGUUUCGUGGCAUGACAGUAUCAUCUUUUAAUACUGUGACGCUAUACCCAGAACCAGUCGUCUCUUUCAACGUGAAAGUCCCCUCCGAAACAUACGAUGCGAUCCGCUUGUCGAAACGAUUUCUCGUACAUCUCUUAUCCUCGAACGCAGCCACCGCAAACCUUGCAAGGGAGUUUUCAAGGGGUCAUGAGAAUGUUUUGUUAGAAGAUAAGAAGCAUACAUUUCGGUUUACUUCACCUGCUCCGUUAGAUCGACUUCCAGCCAUUGACCAAGGAGAACCGCCACGACUCGUUAUUCACCAGGGAAAACUAGAUAAUUCGAGUUUUCCUAGGAGUGAUGUGAGGCCUGAUUUUCCGUUCAUACUCGAAUGUAAAUACUAUCCCUCAAGCGCACAAGUUGGAGAUCAUGUGAUUGUUUUGGGGACCGUUGUGAAGCUGUAUGGCGACGAGCCGCAGAACCAGAUGCAGGAGCCGGAUACUACACACUCGGCGGACGAGCUAUGUCUUACCUACGCAGAUACUCGGUUUUGGAAAAUGGGCAAAACUAUAAAUCCUCUCUCAAAAGUGAACCGCUCAGUCACGAAAUCAUGACCCAAGGAUUGGGCUCCGUGUUCAUUCCCUCUCAAGCCUCACUUCCCGCCGUCAGGGGCUAUCUGGCCGGUCCAGCUCGCCGAAACUUGAUCAUAGAAUACCCGGAAAAGUUACUAUUUUCUAGACCUAAACCCCCAAAUAGCCUGGGUGAAGGCUCCUCGCAUGGUUUGACACCUUGAUCACGUAUGUACGAUAGACUAUUGCGUUUCAAUCGCUGUAUUAAAUAAAUAUUAAAACAUACAAAUGUUUUCUUCAA